AUGGAACUUCAACCUCUCAACAAUUUAAAUCAAAGCUCUUACACAUAUUUUCCAGCACGCUCCACAAAAAAGCCAGGAUUUUUUUCAAUGACUUUCUUCACAUGAGUAAAAUCGAUCCUUGAUUUAAGUAAAAAGAAAGAUGUUACUUCUGAUGACACUUACCCUCUACCAGAUGAAGAAAAGGCAGAGAAUGAAGAACUCACCCAGAACCUGAAAAAACACAAGCUUUUUUGAGCCAUUAUACUUUCCAACCUAAAACUUAUACUUUUAUCUAUUUUUCUAGGAAAUGCAUGUGCAUUGUUAGAUCUGUCAGCUCCCUUACUUAUAAAAUGGCUCAUCUCUUACAUCGAGUCUGAAGAAAAGCCUCUCACGACUGGGGUCUAUAUUUUAUUAGCCUUUUCAGCUAUUCAUAUAUAUGUGUCCAUGAUGAAUAGCCAGCAAAAAAACUUAUUUUGGUAGCCAAAUUCAAAUGGUAUAAUCAAGCAUUUUUUAACUCGGAUUUCCGAUCUUUCCCAAUAAGAAAGAGGGAGUUGUGAAAGCCAACUAAUGAUGUUUAGACCAAAUCCUAAAUGAGGUUUCUGCCAUUUUAGGAGUUGACCAAAUUAGAUUAGUUGGCUUUGGCAACUCUCCUCUUUCCCGUUGAGAAAGAUUGGGAAGUCUGAGAUUAAAAGAUACUUGGGCUAUAUGACAAUCCAGCUGAGAGCUGCCUAAUAAAUGCCUCUUAGUGGGCUAUUUGCCAUAAAGUAGUUUACUAAAUCAGAUAUUAAAAGGAAGAGUGAAAUUUAAUAGCAAACUUAUUGAGAUCAGAGUAAAAAAUUCCUUGGCAAAUGCUAUUUAUGGAAAAGUCUUAAAAGCUUCAAAAGUCCCUGAAGGGCUUGGAGUCAACGUUCUAGAAGUAGACGCAGAAAAGAUUUACUCUGUGUUCAUCGACCUUGGGCUAUUCAUCUCAUGCCCGGUUCAAGCUGUCUUAUCUAUUUAUUUAAUCUACUUGCAAGUUGGAUCCGCAGUUUUUGCUGGAUUAGGAGUAUUGUUGAUGUGCUUAUCUUUGAGCUAUUUUUCUUCUUCGCUAUUAAAGAAGUUUCAAAGUAAAACGAUGGCUAUAAAAGAUGAAAGGAUCGAGAUGUCUUCUCAACUCGUCAGAAAUAUCAAAAUCAUCAAAGCUUACGUAUGAGAAAACUUCUUCAAAAAUCUAAUCCAUGAUAUCAGGAAAAGAGAGCUUUCUUCUCUAAAAUCUUACAAUUUAGCGUACUCUGGAGCAUCAUAUUUAUUCUGGUCAACCCCAAGUUUAACAGCCGCUUCUGUAUUCGUCUACUACACACAAAUUAUGGAAAAGUCACUAAAUCCAGAAGUCACCUUUGUAACUUUAUCAACUUUGCUCAUUCUUCAGGACUCUCUUCAAGAAGUUCCUUACAUACUGACUAGCUUAAUUUUAUGCUUUGUAAGCAUAAAAAGAGUGCAAAAGUUCCUUGAUGUCAGCGAAUUGAGACAACUUCCUAAAGGUGAUACUGUCGAAAUCAAAAAUUGUUCAUUUGAGUGUGAAGGCAAAACGCUAUUAAAUUGUAUUAACCUAAACUUAAAGAAAAAUGAAUUCAUCGCUAUUGUUGGGCCAGUUGGGAGCGGGAAGUCAUCACUUCUCAAUGCAAUUAUGGGAGAGCUCAAGGUCGAAUCUGGGGAGAUUUGUGUAAAUGAUCUUAGCUUAGAUUAUUAUAGGGUAUCUUCCAGUUUGCUGUCGGCUUUGCUUAUCAUCACCCUCUAGCUUCAGAUCCAAUUAUAAGACCUAAAACUAUGUGUUGCUUAAUCCGAACGAGGGCUUGCCUUUGCAACAUGAAGGUAAAUAGUCUAGGUUACAGUCUGUUCGCCAAUAGAAUGGCUUUUUUCCGAAAAUUCAAAAAACUGAUUUUUUCGGACAAACUAAGCUUGGAGCCCAGUUCAUAACUUUAGUAUCGCGCUGGGGAAAUCCCAAUUAGCAAGAACGAUCUCCCUCUUGCCGAGCUGUUCCUUUCCAACUUCCAAGUUCCAUUACCCUCUGAAGGUAAAGGCCUGUCUUAGAUGUGCGCCUGCAGCAGAUCUACCCGGCAUCGCGCUCCAGCAGAUAAAAAUACUUUCACCGCGCUUUGCUCUCCCUUCUAAAGGUCCCCAGGCUCCCGUCUGUGAGCAGGUGUUAAGAGGGCAAGUGGCUCUCCAGGCCAUUUUUAAACGUCAUCCAAAUGAUCAAAUUGCGUAUGCUCCUUCUUUAGAAUCUUGGCUCCAAAACGACAGCCUAAGGAAUAAUAUUUUAUUUGGAAAGCCAUAUAAUGAGAGCUGAUACAUGAAAGUCAUAGAUGCAUGCUGCUUGUCUCAAGAUAUAAGUUCAUUACCUGAUAAAGAUUUUACAGAAAUAGGAGAAAAAGGUAUCAAUUUAAGCGGGGGACAAAAGGCUAGAGUUUGCCUAUUUUCCCAUUUUAAUAGCAAACACUCUUUUUAUUAGUUAUUAUUAAUGAGAAAAAUUAAAAUAAAAGUCUUUAGCAGAAGCAUAUUCUAAAUCUCUUUAAUUAUUAGAUCUAUUUUAAUUGAAAAAAAAAAAUAUAUAAUUUAAUUAUCCCUUUUAGAUUGGCCUAAUAAUCCUUUUUGAGAUUUAGGCUAAAGCUUGAAUUUUCAGAUAAAGUGUAUAGUCCGUUCCCGGCAAAGAUCGGACUAAGCAUGAUCUAUAGCCGGGAACGGGCUAUAACUGUUAUUUGGUGAUUGAAAAGCUUGCCAAAAACAAUUUGAUUUGUCAACCCCCAUAUGACAGUUAAAUCUUUUUGAAAGGGUAUCAAAUUUAUAAGAAUUAAAAAUAUAUUAUGUUAAAUUUUGUUCAUUAUUCAAUUGCGCCCAUAUGAAAUUUACAAAAACUCAUUGGUAAAUUGGGGACAGUGUUAGCAAGGGCUGUAUAUGCUGAUAAAGAAAUUUAUCUCCUUGAUGAUCCUUUAAGCUCUGUUGACAAUUUUGUAGCCAAUUCCAUUAUGAAUAACUGUUUUCUUAAUCUACUCUCUAACAAAACACGAAUUCUUGUUACCCACCGCUUGAAUAUCUUAGACAAAGUGGAUCGUAUCAUUGUUUUAGAAGAUGGAAAAAUAAGCCAAAUUUCUGAGCCUGCUACUUUGAGCAUUCAAGAAUCACUUAUUGAGAAGGAUAAUUCUGAACCCCAAGAAAUUCCCCAUGAGCCUAAAAAGCUGAUAGAAGACGAGGAAAAAGAGUCAGGAAAAGUAAGCAGUAAAGUGUAUAAGGACUAUUUUAAAUUCUCAGGCGGAUACACUAUGCUUGCUUUAACUUGCUUAUCUGUGGCUCUCUGGACUACUACUCGAGUAUCUGGAGAUAUAGUUCUAAAAGAAUGAAGCAGCAAUCCCAGUGACACUUCCACACUACUAGUACUUUAUUUAUGCUUAAGAGUUGGUGGUAGCAUAUUUGUACCUUUAAGAGCAAUUUUCCUCAAUUAUUUUCUCGGGAACAGAGCUUCUCAAAACAUUCACGACAAAAUGAUUGAAUCUUUUAUAAGGGCACCAAUCAAUCUUUUCUAUGAUGUUACACCUACAGGGAGAAUUUUGAACAGGCUAAGCAAAGAUAUAGAUAAAAUCGAUGCGACUGUUCCACUUGUUAUUGGCUACACAUUGGUUAUGCUGUCAGAGGCUAGCGCAGCGAUUUUUAUGGCUCUUAUAUAUUUUCCACACCUGGUUAUUGCCUUGCCUUUAUUCAUUUACUUUGCGCUAAAAAUAAAAGAUGCAUACUUGGGAGCUUCAAGGGAAUUGACAAGACUGGAGGCAAUCUCAAAGUCUCCAAUUCUUAAUCACUUUUCUGAAACACUUACUGGGGCUAAGCUUAUUCGGGCAUUCAAACAAACUGAGGUCUUUCAUGCUAAAAAUUAUGAUUUAUUAAACAGCAACUCUAGGAUACUUUAUUCACUCGGAGCAUGCUAUUGCUGGAUUAAUUUAUAUCUUGGACUUUUGACUUCUGCAUUUAUAUUCCUUUUGCUUUGUACAAUUAUUCUACUAGCUUUCCAAACUAUUAGAGAGCAAAACUAUUAAACGAUUUCUAUUUUUUUAAAAUUAAAAAUGUUUCAUUCUAAAUAAUUUGAUGCUUAACUAAUAAUUAUUAUAUUAUAAGUAAGUUUUCCUCAACUAUAUCAACUUUAUUUUUUUUAAAAUAUACGAGUUUUUUUUGUUGGAAAUUAGACAUUAUGCCCAAAAAAUAUCAUAAUAUAUUUUUGCACAAGUAGAUGAAGUAAGGUAUGAUCUAUCUGCCGCAACUGUUGGAUUAUGUUUGGCUUAUGUUAUUCCUUUACCAAUUGAUAUGAGCUAUUUGAUUUUUGAUUUAGCAUACUUGGAGAACUCAGUGAUCUCAGUCGAAAGGGCCGAACAGUAUAUGAACAUUCCUGUAGAAAAGCCAAGCCAAUUACAGACUGACAAAAAUUUAUUUCGUUGGCCAGAGAAUCCAUCAAUUGAAUUCAGAAAUGUUUUCAUGAAAUAUAACCCAGGAUAGCACUUAGCUCUCUCUAGGCUAUGGAUUUUGCUGCAAACUCUUGGAGUUGGUCCGACUCCAUAAGUUGUCAAACCAACGCUACAAUGGAAAGUAAGCAUAUGACUGCUAUUUAUCAACUCGUGAAUUUGGUUUGGCAACUUAUGGAGUCGCAUCAAUUCAACGAGUUACAAUGAAAUCUGCUAGAGACAAAGGCGAGUUAAAUGCAAUCAUGGGAUAUACAGGCCUGAUACACCAUAUAUUUUAAAAGGAGUAAACUUUAAAAUCAAAGGAUCAAAACGAAUAGGAUUUGUAGGGCGAACUGGAAGCGGAAAGUCUUCUGUUUUUCUUGCCCUUUUGAGAAUUGUUGAAAUCGAUAAAGGAAUAAUUUUUAUUGACGGCGUAGACAUAUCACAUAUAGGGUUAGACAAACUGAGGUCAGCAAUUACACUAGUACCUCAAGAUCCAUUAGUCUUUUCUUCCACUCUAAGAAAGAAUUUAGAUCCGUGUCAACUGAAAUCAGAUGAUGAAAUAAAAAAGGCGUUGGAAGAAGUAAAUCUCUCAAAAUUCUCAAUUGACCACGAUAUCAAAGGUAGUGGGUCAAAUUUAUCAGCUGGAGAAAAACAGCUCAUCAGUAUAGCGAGAGCCAUGCUUGCCAAUACAAAAGUUAUUUUAUUUCACAAUUAAAAAUGGAGCGUAUGAAUUAGGGUCAUUGUCCCCUAAAGGUCAUCCUAGUGAGGGAAGUUCAAACUUUCUGAAGGAUAUGAACGCUGGAACUGCUUCGGCAGUUCCUUGUUUACUUGAAUCAGGUUCAAGAAAGGAAGAGAGGCUCGUCUAGGUCAUAGGCUACUGUAACGGUUCGACGGUUAGGCCGAUUCCACCUACUGUUGUUCAGAGCUGUUAGCUAGUGAUGGAAUUCAGGAAGGAUGGGCUUGUUUUGUUGGUCCUAAGCUAAGUGGGGGUCAACGAAUAGUUAUCGUAAUCUUAAAUCUUAAAUCUUAUUUUAUUUGACGAAGCAACUGCUGGAGUUGAUCAGGAGAGUGAUCAUGAAAUCCAGAAUUUAAUAAAAGGAAAGUUUUUCGGCUGUACUAUUCUCACUAUCGCCCACAGACUCAUAACAGUUAUGGAAAGCGACUUUAUUAUUGUGAUGCAAGAUGGAAUUGCUGCAGAAAUAGGGAGCCCUGAGGAGCUGUCGCAAAAAGAUUCACUCUUCAGAAAAAUCAAAGAUCAAAUCCAUUAA